GGACAGAAAGAUGAGGUCAGGUAGGACGACUAUAAAAGUUAACUUCAACAAAACAAGAGCUUAACCAAAGUCUGCAUCCUGAUGCAGAAGAUGUUGGAUUCACAGAAACUGCUUGGUCAAGAAUUUGACUAAAACAGCAACAUGUGUGCCUGAGGCGGGGAUUUUUCAGACGAAGCAGCGUUUUGUGAGUCGACAUGAUGUGGACGACGUCGGGAUGUUUCCACCUCCUCUGCUGCAUCUGCUUGACCGAGUCCCAGCAGCUCAAGUUUGUUGUUGCUGUGUUCCGACACGGCGAUCGAUCGCCUAUUGAGUCAUACCCCAGGGAUCCGCAUGGGGAGGAAGUCUGGGCUCAGGGCUUCGGACAGCUCACCGAGCUGGGCAUGAAGCAGCACUUUGAGCUGGGCAGAUUUCUACGCAGGCGCUACGGAAACUUCCUCAGUGAGGAAUACAACAGCAAAGAGCUUUAUGUCCGGAGCACCGACUACGACCGCACUCUGAUGAGCGCCCAGGCCUGCCUGGCUGGGAUGUUCCCCCCCACCAGACGCCCGCCUCCCAUCAUGCCCCAGUUACUGUGGCGGCCCAUUCCAGUGCACACCGUCCCUCGGGCCCAGGAUAAGCUUUUGAAGUCUCCAGGCAAAGACUGUCCGAGGUUCAGAGCUUUGAUGACGGAGACCUUUGAGAGCGCCCCCUACCAGAGGUUCGUCCGGGCUCACCAGAGCUUCGUGGAGAGGCUUUCUAACCACACCGGCUACCCCGCGUCCCGACUGGUUGGCAAAAAAAUCUGGAGGGUUCACGACACUCUGACCUGUCAGAGGAUCCACAACUUGACUCUCCCUCGCUGGGCCACGCAGGACGUCCUGGAAACGCUGCGGAGGAUCGCUUCCUUCGAGGUCACAUACAGCAUCCUCAGUCACAAGCGGAGAGAGAAGGCCCGGCUCUCUGGAGGGGUGUUGCUAAACGCCAUCCUGAGGAAUUUCUCCGACGCCAUUGAGCGCAGCAGCAGCGGCGGCGGCGCGCUGAAAUUCAUUAUGUACUCAGCUCAUGACUCCACACUCAUCACCCUGCAGGCAGCGCUGGACGUCUACGACGGCCUCCUGCCUCCCUACGCUGCCUGUCAACUCUUUGAGUUCUACCAGGAGGAUGAUGGAUCCUAUUCAGUGGAGCUGCAUUACCGUAAUGACUCCUCGUCCGAGCCCUACCCCAGCCGUGUGCCGGGCUGCGGCGGCCUGAGCCGCUGCCCUUUGACCUCCUUCACCGAGCUGGUGCGCGACGUGAUGCCGGCCGACUGGGAGGCCGAGUGCGGCGUCAGGACCAGGUGGUCCAGCACAGGUAUCAUUACAGCUCUUGCAGUGGCAGUGGGCGUCCUGGGAGUGGCGCUGUUGUGCAGCAUAGCGGUGGCUGUCCACCAGCGGACAGCGUCCUACUCCAGGGACCUGUAGAGCAGGAAACCACCAGAUGUGCCAAAAAUAAGAACAACUGCCAAGUAUUUAACCAACCUGGGACAAGUUCAGGAGUUUGUUUUCUCAUUCUAAGAAUAUUGUGUCUGAAUAUUAAUGUGACUAAAAUAAUUCACGAUACAUUUGAGAAAUUUAAACAGAAAUAAGAUGUAAGGGGAAAUCUGUGGAGCAGAUCAAUAAACUUUAUUUGAAUCACUGGUAA